AUGAUUUUAGAAAGCAAAAAACUUGGUGGUUCGCUUGACGCAAUAUUAAUUCUUUUUGACCUCCUCUCUCGCAAUGGCUCUUUUGUAAAGGCACUUUCUUGUAAUUCUUUACGUUUCUGUGGACAAAUUUCAUUUAGCAUGUAUUUAUUACAUCCUAUUGCAAUGACGUGGGUGAACGAAUAUGUGCCUUCUGUUGGAUAUAAAGCUGCAGAUAAAGAAUCAAAUGAAACCGACAAGGCUAACUUGAUAUUGGAUGCG